GGGUCCGGCCCGGGUCCCUGUUUCCGGCCGGGCCUCGGAGGCGGCGCACAAGAUGGCGGCGCCCGCUGCCCCGGGGACGCGGCCGCGCCUGCGCCCCGGUCCCGAGGCGGGUCGGGGGGCGCCGUGAGACGCGCGGUCGGGCGCGCCCGCGGGUCCGGCCCCGGCCCAUGGCGGCCCCGCAGGGCCCCGGCGAGGGCGUGAGCGUCGCGGGCGCCGAGGCGGCCGAGCCCGAGCGCGCCCCGCCGCGCGGCUGGCGGCACCGCUGCGCGUCCUACGUGCUGGCCCUGCGGCCCUGGAGCUUCAGCGCCUCGCUGACCCCCGUGGCGCUGGGCAGCGCGCUGGCCUACCGCUCGCUGGGCGCGCUGGACCCCCGGCUGCUGCUGGGCUGCGCCGCGGCCGUGCUGGCCGUGCACGGCGCCGGCAACCUGGUCAACACGUACUACGACUUCUCCAAGGGCAUCGACCACAAGAAGAGCGAUGACCGCACGCUGGUGGACCGCAUCCUGGAGCCGCAGGACGUGGUCCGGCUCGGGGUGCUGCUCUACACGGCGGGCUGCGUGUGCGCCGCCUGCCUCUACUGCCUGUCCCCGCUGCGGCUGGAGCACCUGGCGCUCAUCUACUUCGGGGGCCUGUCGGGCUCCUUCCUCUACACGGGCGGCAUCGGGUUCAAGUACGUGGCGCUGGGCGACCUGGUCAUCCUGAUCACCUUCGGGCCGCUGGCUGUGAUGUUCGCCUACGCCGUGCAGGUGGGCUCCCUGGCCGUGUUCCCGCUGCUCUACGCCGUGCCGCUGGCGCUCAGCACCGAGGCCAUCCUGCACUCCAACAACACGCGGGACAUGGAGUCGGACCGCGCGGCGGGCAUCGUCACACUGGCCAUCCUCAUCGGGCCGGCCGGCUCCUACGCGCUCUACAGCGCGCUGCUCUUCCUGCCCUACGUCAUCCUCAGCAUCCUGGCCACGCGCUGCACCAUCAGCCUGGCGCUGCCGCUGCUCACGCUGCCCGUGGCCUUCUCCCUGGAGCGCCAGUUCCGUAGCCAGGCCUUCAGCAGGCUGCCCCAGAGGACCGCGCAGCUCAACCUCCUGCUCGGCUUCUCCUACGUCUGCGGCAUCGUGCUGGCGCCGGCGGGCAGCCUGCCCGGGCUCGCGGGCAGCCAGUAGCCCCGGCCGCGGGGGCCGCUGUCCAGAACGUGCCGAGGAGGACGGGCCGAGUGGAGCGGAGACGCCGUGGGCCGUUGAAUCGCGCCCACCCCCCACCCCCAACCCGCCUUUUUAAACGGCUACCUUCUGGAAGAUUCCAUUCUGCUGUCCUUCAUUGCGGCCGGGGGAGGCGGCGCAGUGGCCCGGCUCGUGCCUUAUCUGUCAUUUCCACUAGGGGGGCUGCCAGGUCGCGGCCCAGUGGACAGGGUCAUCCUGCCGGGUGCUCGGUGUCUCCCCUGAAGCCGUGUCCGGAGACCCCCGCCCGCACACACACCCCUUCCCGGCCCGCUCUCCCUUCACUUCUGCCCCAGUUGGACAGCCACGUUGAGUCCCCUGCCGAGAGACUCAAGGGGCCGUGCAUAUGCCAGCAGGGCCCCCACGAGAGUAGGGUGGCCACUCCCCUCCGGAGCUGGCACCGCUGCCCGCGGGGCUGCCACAUCCCCCCGCCCCACCCCCAUGGCCUUUCCUGAUGCUCCCCGGACCCCCACCCCCUCCCCAGAGCUAGGGCAGCAGCAGAGCCCCUUGGCGGGGACGUGGCUACUUUGUCACAACCCUCGGGUGCCCCGGGCAGGGGAACAGAUCAGAGCUAGAGGCACGGCAGUUCCCUGGCGUCCGCCCUGGCGACGGAUGUGCCACCCCCAGGGCACUGGUGCCACAGGGAGUUUGCAGCCCCUGUGGUCUCUGUGGCCCGUGAAGGGCGGCUUCUGGGCCAGUGUUGCUCCUGGUGUUCCGGCUGGGGCCGAGGGAGUGAGGGGGAGGCCCCGCCUCAUUCUUCCCUGUGGCAUCAGCUGUUCUGUUCUGCCACAGGUGACGGCAGGACAGCUGGGAGGGCGGCAGAGAACCCUCCCAACAGUGCUCGUGACCCGGGGGCUGCUCCCCGGAGUGCCAGGCCUGGGCUGGGAGGUUUGGAACUCGCCCAGCAGUGCCAGGGGCCACCAGGGCCACACCCUACGGUGCUUGGGGGUUUCACGCAGUGCCAGGCACCAUCUGGGGCCUUGUGACCCCAGGCCUGUGCUCCAGCCUAUGGGCGACCUCCAGGGCGCUUGGGGACAGGUGUCUGGGCAGGUGCCUGCCUAGCACGUGGCCUAGCUGGGACCGUGGUUCAGAUCCAGCCGUGACCCCAGAGCCACUGCAUGUCGUCACCCCACCACCAGCACCCAAAACAGCUAGUUUUCUUUUUUUUUUUUGAUCUAAGCAAAAGCCACAAUUGAUUCGAUUCUAGAGUUGUAAUUGAUUGAUCACGGAGCUCCAGUAUUAAAAUCGAGAAGCUUAAGAAUCAGUUACUUUCUAAUAUGGAAUUUGCUCUAUCUCACCAGAGGCCUGUGAGGUUUCCGAGGGUUUCCGAGCUGUCUGCUGCUCGGAGCCUUCUCUGUUGCCUCUUCAGAGCUAGUUUCUCAGCCCCCCCCCCCCCCCCCCGAAUCAAGCAGAUGAUGAUUUAGUUGCUGUUAGAGUGGGUCAGCUUGAUCCGAAAAGUCCUGUUGGAAAUGAAGAAAGUCCCUGGCUAGAAGGUGGUUUCUGUGCAGACAGGGACCCUGGUCGGGAGCCCAGCGGGCAGGGCCAGCGGGCCGGACUUCCGCGCCAGCAUCGGGCUUGGCAUCUUGGAGCCCAGCCCCCUGGCCGUGCUGCCCCUCAGGCUGGCCCCUGCGGGACCAAGUAGCUGCGGGCGCAGACCAGAUGCCCCUGGGGGCCGCCUCCGCCCUGUCGCAGUGGGACCUAAUGCCCGUUUUUAUACAGCAGUGUUUCUAAAAGGCCGUGUUUGGGCCAGGUUUUCUACGUGGGCCCUCGUCAUUUUAUUACGUCCCCUGGCCCAGGGAGGAUUCUCUUCCGGCUUGUAAUAAACAGAAACGUUGAUCAGCG